AUGGAUAGAAGAAUGUUUAGGAAGUUGUGUCAACUACUAGUUAGUGAGGGAGGGCUGAAACGUUACGAUGAUGUAGCUAUGGAGAGAUGGGUCCUCCGUGCAAUCCUACGAUUGCAUCCUCCUUUACUACGCCGACCAGAAGCCAUACCAGAAAAUUGUAAUGAUGAUAAGUGGAAACACUUCAAGGGUUGCUUAGGUGCUCUAGACGGAACACAUGUGAAGCUGCGUGUUAGGGUAGAAGAUAAGCCUAGGUAUCAGGAUUGUGAAGGGCAUAUUUCCAUGAAAGUAUUUGGGGUGUGCAACCCAAACCUCGAGUUUACAUAUUGUCUAGCUGCGUUGAGAAAUGAAAGUACUACCUGGUGGAUGUCGGAGCAGGGAGUUGACAAAUUUGAAAGAGAUUAUAAGGACAAAGAACCUGAUCAGCAUCCUUCAUCCGUGGUGGAAGAAAUUGAUCUAGUCUCCGAAAUUAGUCGUGCACAACUAUGGAGUCAGUUCAGGGAUUCAAAAGCAAUUGACAUGUGGGAGAACAUAAAUAGCAGAAACAUUUAG